AUGGAGCUAGCUGUCCAGCAGUUGCCCGGCCCAAGCGAGCGCCCAUGGAUUGGGAAAGAGGCGUUUGAAAGCGACUUUGCUGCCCCGCGUUUGGCAGGCAGGCGGUCGCCACCAUCAAGCUACUGUAUCGGCAGCUAUCUCCUCGCUCGACUGCAGCAUCUACUCCGGCUGCUCCCGUUCCAAGACAGCUCGGAUCGACAGAGCGGCAUCCCGCUUUCUUCCAAAGCGCACCGCUGCGCACGCGCCAACUCGCAACUCGCAACCCACCGUCAAAGCAUGGCGCUCAACUGGGUGACGCUCGACCAGGACGGCCGUUCGCCGCUGCCGCUUCCGGACGAGACAGUGCUGUGUCGUGUGCCCAAAUCAUCCAUACAGCUCGAAUAUGCAUCGCGCGGCAUCACGUACAAGGCCGAAGGAAGCGCCUUGAUCUCGUCGCAUCGCUUCGUCUUUAUCCGUGAUGCUCCGAGCGCCGCUGCAGAGCACGAGCUCAAGUCGCUCUCCAUACCCAUCGACCAUCUGGCAGCGUCAAAGUAUACCAUCCCGAUCUUCAGCGCACCGUACCUGCAGGCCGACGUGUACUCGGUCGCCCAGGGAGGACUGCCCGAGCGUCAACCGGGUGAAGAAGCUCAUCCGGUGGGCAAGCUCAAGCUCUGGUUCGUCGAGGCCGGCGGCGUCGCUUUCCGAGACGCCAUCGAAAAGGCACGUCACAUGUGGCAGCAAAACAGACAGCAACAGCUCGACCAGGAUGCUCUUCCCGCCUACGAGCCAUCGGCAAGCUGA